CUAGGCAAGUGCCUUGUUUGCCUUGCGGCAAAUACGCCCAUGGGGCGGACUGACCAUUCGAGCACUCGGGCACUGCCUGAGGGCCCGGGGUCAGUAGGGGGCCCCAUGAAAUGCCCCUGGUACCUUUUUAUAGGCUUUUUUGAGUGUGGGCAAGGACAUAGGGGCCCCAUGAUCCCCUAUUGCCGGGGGGCCCAUGAGUUGUCAGUCCGCCCCUACGGCCAUCUAUAUGAAAGACCUCAAAGGGAUGGGAAAUACAGCAUGUUAGUG